ACUUUUCGAUAAAACGUUUCUUUUGAUAUUAUCGAUAAUGUCUGCCGAGUAUCGAUAUGUAGAUAUAGAGAUACAAUAUAUCGAUUCUUUCAGAAUUAAAUACUGCUAUCGAUAGUUGACAAUACUGUGCAUUUAAUCUAUACAAUAAACCUCGUUACAAAUGUAAAAGUUGAAUGUUAUUACACAAUAAAGUAUACUUGGAAUAAUUUCUUUUUCGUAUAAGUAUGGAUGAAAACGAUAGUCCUCCAACAAUAGAUAUUCCAAAUGUUCCUAAGCAUCUACGUAUAACUGGAAAUUGGGUCAAUAGUAACAGAAUUGGCAUAUAUAAAAAAUUAGCUAAAGAAAGUUCAGAAAAAUAUGACCCGACGGUAUAUAUUUUAAGACCAGAAAUAAUUUUAUUUUCACCUCAAUUACGUAAAUUAGUGAAUGAGAGUAAUGGUGUCUUUCUGUCCAUUCAAAAAAUAAAAUCUGUUUCUGGAGAUGUUAGACCAGAACUUUUAAAACAUAGCAAGCAAUACAGAUCUAUUUUGAGAGCAUGUAUAGAAAGUUUGCAAGACAUCUGUGGAAAAUGUUUGUCAGAUAAGAAAGAAUCACUAGAAAAUUUUCUGACCAUUUUUUAUCAAAUAGAAUGUGUUUGGCACUUGAUUGAAAUUCUUUAUGUAGAUGUAGUGCCAGGUGAUGUAGUUUUACCACAGCUGUUAGAGUGGAUUAGAUUUCACUUUCCAUCUAGAGAACUUGUAGCAGUUAAAAUAUUAGCUCAGAAGACAAUUGGCGCUGAUUUGGAGUAUCCAAAUUAUUGGGAAGCUGUAAUAGGCUGUGCAUUACAUGGAAAGUUAGAUUUAGUGAGAGCUUUAUUGGCAUUGCAUAGUAAAGCAGAUCACCCUGCUUUUGUAAUGGCAGAAAAUGUUCUUAAAACAAUGCCUAUCUAUAAUGUAUAUGGUGGUUAUUCUAUAGAUGGAUUUACUACAUGUUGGAAACGUUGGCAACUAGAAUUAUGUUCAAAUUUAAACAGUAAAGCUUUCAUUGUUGACACUAAUUUAGAAAUGAUUAUGAAGUUAAUUGCAGGAGAGCAAGAUAUGCUGUGGCAAUUUUCACAAUAUACAGAUGCUUGGUACGAAUUGUUGGCAGCAAAAUUAUUUUACACCUCACCGUGUUGUAAACAACCUGAACUUUCUCUUCAUGCUAAUAAUAUUUCCAAAAGAUGGCAAGCUAAUAAACCUUCUGAUAAUGCUAUUCGUGCUGUGAUGGAAAGCAACUUGCACCAUGUUAUUAAAGAAAUACAAUACAUGGGUGAUAAUGGAUGGUUUGCUGCUCAUUUGGUAGAUUUAUUAUAUGCUUGUGGAAAACUUAAAAUAUUGGAUAGAGACCAAGUGGAAGUCAGUAAUCAACUUCACGAAUCUCUAAUAUUGGAAUAUGGCAACGCAUUAAUGGGACAUCACUCUUUGUGGCAAUGUGGUGCAAGUUACUUGAUGCACUGUCCUGUUGAAGGUUUAGCGAGACUAGAAAUACUAUUACAAUCACUACCAAUGAGAUCAGAAGCAAGAGUAAAUAAGAUCCUAGACAUAGCACGAGAUAAUAAGAUGGAUCAUAUAGUUACUAGUAUUUGUAAAAUUCAAGGAUUGAAAUCUAUGAAACAAGGAAGAUUGGGUAAUGCACUUGCAUGGGCAUUAAAAGCACAGGAUAGUGGUUUUAUAACAUAUAUCGCCGAUCAAUUUUUAAAGCGUUAUGCAGAAUAUGGAGAAUUAGAUUGUCGUGACUUAUUAGAAAAUUUAGGUUUUUGUAUGAUGGCUAGUGAUAGACUCACAUUUUUAGGAAAGUAUUGUGAAUUUCAUCAAAUGUAUAGCAUUGGAGAGUUUAAAGAAGCAGCAAGUUUAUUAGUAUCUCUUUUAGUUUCAAAUUUAACACCGAAAUACUUUUGGUCGAUACUUUUGUCGGAUGCUAUUCCACUAUUAGAGGCGAAAGAUGUAAUUUUAUCUUCCAGUGAUUGUUUUGAAUUAUUGCGUUGCGUAGAAGCACAUGGAGACGACCUAAAAUUUCAAAAUAAAAUUGAAAUCUUCCGACUAGCUAUCGCUAGGAAUCUGGCUCGAGCAUUGAGUCUCGAAGGCUGCCAAGUGGAACAUUGAAAGUUUAUUACCAAUUUAUUAUGUUAAAGUUUUCUAAUUUUUUAAUUAAAAAAAUUUCUAUACAUAA